AGCAACCCAUCGCUUUUAAUACAGAAAGCAUUCACAUGGUAGUUAGCGAGCUAGCCAUAUGAAUACAGUAGUCAUAUGUUAGUUUAUGAAAUGCCUCCGCUUUUUUAGGACAGAGUAUCAAAAUUAAUAAAGUGUUACGUGUAUUUAAAAACCUUGGAUUAUACCUAACACCAACUAGCUAAAUAGCUGUCACUGCUGUUCUCUUACUGAUCAUGUGGACGCUGGUGUCUGGUCGCUUUGCCCUUCACAAUUCCUGCAACUUCUCAUAUGUAAAGGCUACAUUAUUUCGUGCACAAAACAUUUCGCAAACGGCUUGCAAGAACACAGUUGUCGUGGAACGCUGGUGGCAGGUUCCCCUGUCACAAGAGGGUCGUCCACCCAGACUCUACAGCAAUAGACAUAAGGUCUAUCGCUUGGUUGAGGACAUGAAACACCAGCCUCAGUGCAAAAUGGAGCUUAUCCUCACACAGACAGUGCCCAAGCUCGGUGGACGUGGGGACACGGUGUUUGUAAAAAAAUCAUUAGGGCGUAACAAGCUACUGCCUGAAGGCCUGGCUGUGUAUCCAUCUCCAGAGAACAAACACAUAUAUGCUGAAGAACGAAGGAUACUUUGUGAAGGAAAGCUAGAAGAUAGAAUCCAAACAUGGACCGGUAAGAAAACUGUUGAAUUCCUGAAGUCUGCCAAACUUGAAAUCGGAAUGCAUACCCCAAUUAAGGAUAAACUCACAAAAGAAGUUGUUUGCCGAAGAUUCCUGCGAAUGCUUGGUGUGGUGGUGCCACUCCAUGCCUUGACACUACCAGAAGAACCAAUCCAAGAACUGGGAGACUACUGGUGUGAAGUCACAGUUAACGGACUGGAUACAGUACGAGUUCCCAUGUCUCUUGUACCCUUCAUGGAAUCAAGGCUGAUGAAGCUCAGAAAGCAAGAGGAAGAACAGCCCAACACUGAAUAAACAGCCUGUGGAGGUUACCUUCUCUGACAUGCAGGAUACUGAUUAUGGAAAUGCUUACAUCUCUGAAAUGCUAGUACUUCUCCUAGUAACCUCUCCUUCUCUAUGCUUUCUUCAGCCUUUUCCUGUGUGAUGUUUGUUGAACAAUUUAAAAUAAACAUGGACACACAGUGAAGCCCAAAA